AUGCGCGACGAGAAGCAGUAUUCGCAGCUGUACUCGAUGACGGCCGUCGUCGGGCACGAGGACGCCGUCGACAAGAUGGACCUGGCCGAGUUCUGCCACUUGUAUGCCUUUGACGUCAUGGGCCAGAUAACGUUGGACGCGGCACUUGGCAUGAUGGAGAGCAACAUGGACAAGACGCGCAUCCUAAUGAUAGUCAGCCAGUUCACAACCUACGCCGUUCAGAUGGGCUUGGUGCCAGAGCUGCACGCCCCGUCUUUUCCCUUGUCACUGUCUUGGGAUCGUCGACAGCCCGCGUCCUGA